CAGAGCCAUCUGCCGGUGAAAGCUAUAACGCUAUUCGUCGAACUGAGAGAUGGCGCUAUGAUUUAAAACCAUUAAAAAAUAUUCACACACAGUUGCUUCACAUUUUCUUUCAAGUGUCACUUGCUAUCGUGUUUUAAAAAUGGAAACCAACACACUUUUGACAUUGCACUGCUGAGGAGUAGGUUCCUUUUAUCAAGUGUUGUGAACUGUCUCUGAUGGAUGCCAGGUGGAGAAAGCCUGACAAGUGUGUGUUUGCGCUAUUAAUUUAAUUACUCGGGGAGAAAUUCUAUUGACUAAAUGACAAAUGGGUCAGCAGGCGCAUGCAAACUGGGGGGGUUGACGACUACCAUAAUUUUAUAUUUUCUGUUGCGUCACUGAAGCCCAGCACGAUGAGAAGUUCAGACCUACCUAACGAGGGCGGUCAGCUGGAUCACCGUUUUCAGCCCAUUUUUAUCUGGAUGAAGAUUUUGGGGAUCUCUCUGACGGGCGAGCGUCGAUUCAUCGGAAAUGUCUACGAUCUGCUCAUGUUGGCCAUCACAUUGGCUUCGAAUACCGCUUCGAUCACGCUGAUGCUGGUCGAACCGGAUCGGCCGAAGCAGGAGGAUCUCUCCAUCAUCACUUCCUACACCUUCACCCAGAUCCUCUACAUCGACAAUCUCAAUUUCAUUCUUCUGGUCGUUGGAGCCCACCUGAUGCUCCUGUGUCAAACCCGCCGCCACUGGAAGAAAUUGUGGGCGACACUGUUGGAGGUGCAAGUCUAUUUGAACCGUAAAAUCCUGAAUCGAUCCUUCGUCAUAGCUCUGCUCUUAAUUCCGGAGGCGAUCAUGAUUGGGCUAGUGGUUCCGCUGGAUGUUAUAGGACUCCCGUUGUACCAGCAACUGGUCGAAGUCGUUUCGUGCGCAACGAAAAUCUACGCCAUCAGUGGGAUGAUCCUGUUCUGUAUGUGCGGAUGGAUCGCCUCCGAUUUGUUUCAAGUUCUUCUCAAACAACUCAACGACGAUCCUUCGAAUUCCUCAUUGUGUUUGAAGACGGUGAAGAAGCGCUACCAACAAGUCUGUCAGCUGAUUGACGACAUUAACCAGUGUUUCGGAUUCAUUGUCCUAUUCCUAAUCACUUACAUGAUGGCCAGCGUUGUCAUGGUCUGUUUCGUGGCCGUCGUCGAGUUCCAGCACUACGACUCGACCGCCGUUCCAUGGCUCUACGUCCGCGACUGGAUUCUCUUGAUCCAGCACGUCAUUAAUCUGAUCGCCAUCACUUUUAUCCCGCACACCAUCAAUAUUCAGAACCAGCAGAUACAUCUGGCAUUGGGACGGAUAGAAAUCGACAGUCGAAUUGAUUCAAGUCGACACGAACAGUUGGAAUUUUUGAAAUGGGACGUGUCUCAAUCGUCCGUCAAGUUGACGGCUGCGGGACUCUUUGACAUUACUCCGCGGUUAUUUCCAAAGUUGAUUGGCAUAACCAUGACGUACGUCAUCAUCCUCUUUCAAUUCCAGUCCUCGGAGAAGACAACAUAAACUUGCAAUGCAUUGGUAUAUCAACUCUAAAUGUUUGCAGGUGUUAUGAGAGAAUUAUUUGCACAACCUACACUAUAACGUCAAGAAUGACGGGAAUAAAUAAAUAUGUCACACCAAGAUAAAGUACCACGCCCUCCAAUUCGAUAAACUUUCAAUCACU